CCCUGUUGCCGCUUCCUUCACCUCUCUGCUCCUCCUCCGCAUUCGCAAUGGCUUCGGAGAAGAAGCUCUCGAACCCAAUGAGAGAGAUCAAAGUCCAGAAACUCGUCCUCAACAUCUCCGUCGGCGAAAGCGGCGAUCGCCUCACCCGCGCCGCCAAGGUUUUGGAACAACUGAGUGGCCAAACACCUGUCUUCUCCAAGGCGAGGUACACUGUUCGGUCAUUUGGGAUCAGGCGUAAUGAGAAGAUUGCUUGCUAUGUCACGGUGAGGGGCGAGAAAGCGAUGCAGCUUCUGGAGAGUGGGUUGAAGGUGAAGGAAUACGAGUUGUUGCGCCGGAACUUCAGUGAUACUGGCUGCUUUGGGUUUGGUAUUCAGGAACACAUUGAUCUUGGUAUCAAGUAUGACCCUUCAACUGGUAUUUACGGGAUGGACUUCUAUGUUGUUCUAGAACGCCCAGGGUACCGUGUGGGUCGUCGCCGCAGAUGCAAGUCACGUGUUGGAAUCCAACAUAGAGUUACGAAGGAGGACUCAAUGAAGUGGUUUCAGGUCAAAUAUGAGGGAGUCAUCCUCAACAAAUCUCAAACAAUUGGAGCUUAAAUUGGAUUUUCCUCCACAUCCUUGGAUAUCUGAAAUUCCAAGUUUUGCUAAGCUGAGUUUUCAUUUGCUGUUUUGUGAACAAGGAGUAGCAUCACAUUUUUGUUUUUUGCUUUGGUUGAAUUUAAAUACUAUCUAGUGCUCUUCAUGUUUACUCUUGUAGCUUUUCUAAUAUGGGAGUAGAAGCUGUCAUUUUCUGGUUUCCGUAACUGAUUUAUUUUUACAACUUGAUGAGAUUUUAUUUUUGAUACUGAUUUAUUUUGA